GUGACAGAGGCGCAACCAUUACCCCGCCCCCUGAGAAGCAAUCCCCGCUUUCUCUACACCUCCAUGAAGCUGCUUUUGUUUUUCGGUUCUGCCCAUAGUUUGUGGCCCCUCCUCCCUCGAGGAGCCCGAGUAAGCCCCAUUUUCCGCUCUGCUGUGGUCAUAAAUGGCCGUUUUAUACCAUAGAGGCGCGAAGGCGAGAGGGGCUAUGUGCCCCGGAUGGGAGGCUAGUGUUGCCCUUACUCAAGAUGGCGGCGGGGGCGUCGCCUUCCUUUUUCCCGCUGCGUAGCGCUGCUUUUGCCCUCGACCCUCAAAAUGGCGGCUGCUGGGCCGAAGGCUCCUAACUGACGUCUCCUCCUCGGCCAUCGCUCUCUAAGGCAGGCCUUUUGGAGGAAGGGAAGGCGGCGGGAGGAGAAAUCAGGCCGGCGGAGCUUUGCCUGAGAGAAGAGGGCAAGGAUGAGGGGCGACCGACGGAGGCGGAGCUGCUGCUGCUUCUGAUCCUGGCCGAGCAGAGUGAUCGGUGGUUCAUGUGUGCUAUGGAGUAAUGCCUAAAAACAGGCAUAUGGAAACGGAGGAGCCACGAUGGCAGUCAUGCAGCCCUCUAGAUGUUGUUGGAUUGCAACUCCAGUGCUCCUCAUCAUUGCCUUUGCUGGCUGUGGCUGAUGGGAAGAGCAGUGCUACAACAACCAGAACGCUCAUUUGACCUAAGGCACUGAUAGAAUAUUUUUGUUUUUGCUGUAAAGUGUCACUGAGAAGGAAUGAUGGCAGCUUUGGAUACUAAAGCUAAAGCAAAGAAAACUCUGGGAACUGUUGAUUAUGUGGAGUCGUCAGAGUUUGCCCAAGGAAUUCUGCCCACCAAGAAGGAUGUCAUUCAAAACAUGUUAUAUCUGUUGCAUCCAAAAAGGGCUGGGCAAGCCCAGCGAUCUAAAGAAGAUGCUGCCCAGUUACUGGCUGAACUUUUGCAGGAGCAUUGGCUGUUCUGCAACUUAUAUACUAUAGCAACACAAAGCAUAAAGAAGCAUAUUCUGAAAGUGUAUGAAGAAUUCUCAAAGCUGUAUCAGUCCAGAAAGCGAAGAAAAAAUGAGUUGUUCACACAGAAAGCAGAUGAUUUCAACAGGAGCUCAGAACAGCUCUUUGACAUAUUUUGUACAGACACUGUAACAAGAGAGAAACUGGAACAGUACAGUGGUAUGAAGAUGACAGAUACUGAGUGGAAAUUUCUUGAAGAUCAGAGGAGCGAAAGAAAAAUGUAUUUUGAGGACUUCAUGGACAAGAAACAAAUGGAAACAAUAGACAGACGAAGAAAGGUAGAGUCACUGGAGCAUUUCAGGAAAAUUGCAGAAGAAGAGAGAGAAGCUUGUAAGCGUAAAGAAAUGACUUCCAACCGAGAUGAGCAGUCAGUUGAAGAUGUCAAUGAUAGGAGUACAGAUGAUUCCUGUAUAGAACACAACAAAGGAAUUGGAGGCUUUUCACAUAAGGCGAAAAGGAAGCGCUUAUCUUCUGGCUGGAUUACUGGGACAGCAACUUCAACUAGCUUUAGCGAGUCCGUUCCUCCUGAGUGUCAGCAUAUACGUAUGAGCAUCAGAAAAGUCAGACCAGGGUUCUAUGAGACAUUUGACAAAUAUGAAAACUGCUAGCCUAACAUUGGUGUUUCUAGGGGGAGUUGUUUCUGUUGGUGUUUACAGAUUUUGGGAGGUCUUAAGUACCCUGAUUAAUUGGAAGUUGAUGUAGAUAAUUAUGUUUGGCUUCAUUAAUAUACAGCAACGACACCAAAGCAAAGGCAACAGUAGAAACUGGCUUUUAGCUUACUGGAAAAGGCUAAGUUGUGAUUUGUUUAGGCCUUUAUCAUUACCUCCAGAGGGUGAAAGUAUGAGGUACUAAGGCUAUAGUGUAGCAAAAGACAGCAGAACCACCAGAGUUUGGAAAUUAAAACAAACAAAAUGCAUGCCAGUAGGGUUAAAUAAUGUGGAAAUGAUGAACAGGCUGUUAAGGAAGAUGGCACAUUUUGUAUCCCAUACGGCCUUCAUAUUGGGCUGAAUACUUCUGAAAAUAAUUCUGUACUGAAGGACUAAGUAUAGAGGCCUGAGGUGGAAAUAUAGGAGAGCAUGCACUCUCUUCUGCAAAACAGUACUGUAGUGUCAUUAAAUAAUCUGUUACCCGUUCCAACUUCAGUAACUAACAAGACUGAAAACCAUGUACAGUUGAGGGAAAGUGUAGCUAAUUAGAUGUCUGCUUAAAGGAAGGUAUGAUCCUGGAUCUGUUACAAAGCAGAUUUUUUUAAUGGAUUACAGGAGACUUGAAUCUGACCAUUGUGACGAGUAGUGAUUGUACCCCUUGUGGGUAAAGAGUAAUUGACCCAAUGACCUAAGAAGUACUAUAGCUUCCUGAAAAAAAGUCAGCAAUUCUUGUCUGAUCUUAAGCGAUAGAACAUGUACAACUCAUUGAAUUCACUGAAACUUGAAAGGAUUCUGCAUCAGGACUAGAUACUGACAGGAGAAGGAAAAUGGAUUGGUUGGCCUGUCUUGAGAGGUGCAUAGUUGCUCAGAGACCUUUACAGUUCUGAGAAUGAUCUUUGUUAGAUAACAUUGGUUUGCGUGAGAAGAAAAGGAGGGUCAGGGAAUUUAUACAACAACUUUAGGUAUAAAUGUGGUGGUGACAACUGUCUGUAUAUCUUCUGCAUUCUUAGCAAUUAAAUAUCAUUGGUGGUGAGAAGUUAUGUGGAAAAGUGGAAUUUGUAACUGUAAAUAUUUGGGAGUUGAACAUAUAUGAUGCACUGAAUAUGGCAUAGUGUGGAGUUGCACAAGACAUUGUUUUAAAACAAAGGUGGGCAAAAUGCAGCCCAGAGGCUGCAUGCAGUUCCCAUAGCCAUUUUUGUGCCUCCCAGAGGUUACAUUUUUUUAAAAAAAAUUGCAAGUGCAAUUUUUGCCCCAAGAUCCCCUCAGAUGCCCACCAGAGGCUGUGAGGGACAUUUUCACCAAUUUAUUUUGAAAGAAAACUGAAAGUGGCUUCUGUUACGUUCCUGUUCUUUAAAAAUAAAAGACCUCUCCUGGACAAAAAUGACCCUGGAGGGGCUAAAAACAUGGCCAAAACAUCACCAGAGGGUGUUUGAAGGCAAACAAAUGACUUUUUAAAAGGGUGGGUGCCGCCCUCCAAAGUUAUGGGGACUAAAGUGCCCCCCUGGCUUUCCACAGUUGCCCACUCCUGUUGUAGAGGGUUUUUAAAAAACCUGUUGUCAUGGACUAUGAAUUCCAAAUGAUUGUCUGUAUUGUUUGCAGUAGUCGAAAGACCUAGCAAUAAGACAAUAAUGUGAACUCUAUUGGAAGCAUACCUUAAAAUCUAGAAGAAAUUACUGGUCUACAUAGAUUAGUUAUGAGUGCUCCAUAUUUUUCCAGUUCACAUCAAAGCAAAACACUCAUUUCGUAUUUUUCUGUGUUUUUCCCAGCAUACUGUAGGGUUUUUUUUUUUCAUGAUUUAAAGUCCAGCCAUAUUGUACAUGUAUGGUCCCCUGUUACAUGUCCUCUUAGACCCAUGCUAUGCAUACAGACGUCCAUAAGCAGAACUGUUGUAAUACUACCUCAAAGCGGGGUUUGGAAGAUCCCAGAUGUGUAGGAAUUCACACACAUCAAUAUCUUCAUUCACACUUUGGGGAGGAGUGACAGCAUUUUUAUUUUUUCAGGGAACUGCCCUUAGUCAGUCUGAUAUUGAUGAUGAUGGGCAUCCUGGAGUUGGGUGGUUUGUUUGAUUUGAUAUGUGUUUUGAGCUGACAGUUUUUAGCUAAAUUAGUAAAUUCAAGCAAUGUUGAGCUGGCAUAAACCAAUAUGCAGAUCUGCAGUAACUAAUCUGAUGGCUUUUGUCAUGUAUGCAAACACAUCUUUCAUGCUAUAAUCAGCCAGUGUUGAGCAUGAGUAUAUUAAGUGGCCUCCUGAAGUCAUAUUCUGUGUCUCCUAAUUCAUAACUUAGUUUUGAGGCCUAAGGAUGAAACUGAAAAGUAAAUUGUCUUUCCCCAGAGAUAUUUCUCUUUGGGUGUUGCCUUUGAAUUGAUAAGGACCAAGAAUGAUUAUAUACAGUGAUUUACACAUCACAUCAAACAAAAGAAUACUGAUUAACUACUAUAUGUUAUCUUAUUUAGGUGGCAUCCGCAUGGCAGAAAUAAUCCAGUUUGAUACAACUUUAACUGCCAUUGCUCAGUGCUAUGGAAUUCAGGGAAUUGUAGUUUGUUGUGGCAGGAGAGGUCUCCGACAGACAAAUUUAAAUGUUUCACAAAGCUACAAUUCCCAGAAUUCCAUAGCAUUGAGCCAUAGCAGUUAAAGUGGUGUCAAACUGGAUUAUUCCUGCAGUGUGGAUGCAUCCUUAAAAGAUUUGCCUUGAUGAGACAUAGCACAGUCCAUGAUUAUAUCAGAACAUCUUGUGCAAACAUAUAUGCACCCAAAAAUAGGUAACUACAUCUGCACAGGUUUUAAAAUCUACACCAGUAAUUCAGGCCACCUAUAUUGGAACAAAUAAUUUAAGAACAAAGUACUACACUACAAGCAGACCAGCUAUAAGUGUAUGAAUACCGCUUGAAUUCUCUGGACACAGGUUUACUACUUUUAUGUUUUACUUCAGAAAUAGUUGUUCCUGUUAUGCAAAUCAUCAGCCUGUUUUUACGUGAACCUUAUUUUACGUUUACCUGUAUAUAUUAAAAUCUCUAUAAAAUUCUA